AUGGAUGGGCGACGUUACCCGUUAACGUGGCCAUCUCUACUGCGAGAGUCGCCUGCCGUCUCGCACCGGCAAUUUUUUACGCUAUUGGACGCAGCCUCACUAGUGGCCACUUCUCCUCUAGAUCUCAGUAACUCGGAAACGGCACCCGAUUUUACGGUUUUGAGUCUUUACAAAAUCUUUGGCUUUCCAGACCUUGGCGCUUUGAUUGUUAGAAGGCAGGCCGAGCCGAUUUUCAAUCAAAGGCGCUAUUUCGGGGGUGGCACCGUCGAUAUGGUUGUCUGCGGAAAAGAAAGAUGGCAUGCUCCAAAAUCGACGUUCCUUCAUGAGAGGCUAGAGGACGGCACUCUUCCAUUUCAUAACAUCAUAGGACUUGAUGCUGCUCUAGAUGUUCACGCAGAGCUCUUCGGAAGCAUGAGUAGCGUAGCAUCGCACACAGCAUUCCUUAGAAACCGACUACACGAUGGACUUGCCAGCCUCAAACAUGGAAAUGGGCUGCCCGUCUGCACUAUCUACUCAGAACGACGCAGCGAGGUUAAUGGCUCCGUAGGAAGCGGGCCACUCGUCUCGUUCAACAUUCGCGACGCUGCCGGAGCCUGGAUCAGUCUAUACGAGCUUGAAAAAUUAGCCACGUUGAAGAACUUACAUAUUCGAACCGGCGGCGUCUGCAGUCCUGGAGGUAUCGCUUCAGCACUCGGCCUGAGCCCAUGGGAGAUGAGGAAGAAUUUCUCCGCUGGGUUUCGCUGCGGCACUGACCAAGAUGUCAUCGCUGGAAAGCCGACUGGCGUUAUUCGAGCAAGUCUUGGUGCGAUGAGCACUAUUUCCGACGUUGACUUCCUGAUCGACUUUAUUGAUGAAUUCUAUCGAGAAGAAGUGUCAGUUGAUGACUGUCGCGCCGAAAACCAGACUUCAUCGAUAGGGUUCCAGGUCCAGGGCAUCAGCGUCUACCCGAUCAAGAGCUGUGGCGCCUUUUCUGUUCCGCUUGGUAUGGACUGGGAAGUCAUGCCCGAAGGUCUGGCUUGGGAUAGAGAGUGGUGUCUUGUCCACCAAGGGUCAGGACAGGCACUAAGCCAGAAGAGGUAUCCCAAGAUGGCCCUCAUCAAACCCACUCUUGACUUCGACGGUGGCGCGCUGCGUGUAGCGUACAGAGGGAGAAAAUUCUCUCACCUACCCGACGAGAUCUCAGUUCCUCUAUCUGCGGAUCCCACUUACUUCGAAACAAACGGCGGCCCUCGUGAGAGGUCCUCAAGAGUAUGCGGCGACAAGAUUACGACGCAAGUGUAUGCCUCCGAUCAUGUCAACGGCUUCUUCAGUGAUAUUCUCGGUGUGCCAUGCGCAUUGGCACGAUUUCCAGCGGGAGGACAGGGACCAAGUAUGCGUCACUCAAAAGCCAAGGUGCAGAAACAUCAGCACCCUCAAGUUUGGGUGCCAAAGGGGAGUUUCGGGGCAUCUCCAGAGUUGCCUUCUCCGCCGGAUUCGGACUCUGAACAAUCACCAGCAAAGAUUCUACUUUCCAAUGAGAGCCCAAUACUCCUGAUCAAUACAUCGAGUUUGCGCGCCCUCAACGACGAAAUCCAGGCAACUGGCGGGGAACCAGUUCCCUCCGAAGCAUUCCGAGGCAAUAUCUUGGUCGGGCCAACUCGAGAUCCUGACCAUCUCCCAUGGGCAGAGGAUGGAUGGACAAAACUCACGAUUGGUGGUGAGGAUUUCACUAUGCUGGGAUCCUGCCGCAGAUGCCAGAUGGUAUGCGUCGACCAGGAGAGCGGCGAAAGACACCAGGAACCUUUCGUGACGCUGAGCAAGGUCAGAAGGUUCGACGGCAAAGUGUACUUUGGCACUCAUAUGAGCCAUGAUUCCACUAAGGCACUGCUCGGAGAAGGAACGCGCCGUCCAGUGAUACGAGUCGGCGACAUGGUCAGUGUAGGAGCAUGA